AUGAGAGGACCAGUAUCGUUUUGGCUUUUCUUGAUACCUUUCUGCUUGACAAAUUUUAGUACCGAUAUCCUUGCAGCAAAUGGCUAUUGUCUUGGCCAUGAGCAUUUCAUGUUGAUUCAUUUGAAAAAUAGUCUGAUAUUCAAUCCUGUAAAAUCUGAAAAGCUUGUUCGUUGGAAUCAAAGUAGAGAUUGUUGUGAGUGGCAUGGGAUAACAUGCAACAAGGGACGUGUUGUGGUCCUUGACCUUAGUGAGGAGUCCAUUUCAGGAGGGUUUGUUAAUUCAAGCACCCUUUUUAGCUUGCAAUAUCUUCAAAACUUGAAUUUGGCUUUCAAUAAUUUUCAAUCUGUCAUUCCUCCAGAGUUGCACAAGUUAAAGAAUUUGAGGUAUCUAAACCUAUCUAUGGCUGGCUUUGAGGGGCAGAUUCCACAUGAGAUUUCUCAUCUUGAAAGGUUAGUUACUCUUGAUUUGUCUUCUUCAGUUACCUCACCCCAUAAGCUAAAACUCGAGCAGCCAAAUAUAGCAAAGCUUGUACAAAACCUUGCAAAUAUUGAAGAACUAUACCUAGAUGGUGUAGCAAUAUCUGCCAAGGGACAAGAGUGGUGCCAUGCUUUAUCUUCGUUGCAUAAGCUUCGGGUCUUGAGCAUGUCAUCAUGCAAUCUCUCUGGACCUAUUGAUUCUACACUAGCUGAACUUCGUUCACUCUCUAUUUUAAAAUUGAGCAACAACAGUAUGUCAAGCGUAUUGCCAGAAUCCUUUUUAAAUUUCUCUAAUUUAGCCACAUUACAACUCAGCAGUUGUGGUUUGAGUGGUUCUUUUCCAAAGGGCAUCUUCCAAAUACCAACAUUAAAGGUCCUUGACAUCUCAGAUAAUGAAGAUCUUGGGGGUUCUUUGCCAAACUUCCCACUGCAUAGUUCUAUUCAAAGCUUGGAUCUUAGCCAUACAAAUUUCUCAGGAAAGCUUCCAGAAUCAAUUUCCAAUUUGAAGCAAUUGUCUAUGAUUGAUAUAUCUUACUGCCAAUUUAAUGGAACACUUCCUAGUUCAUUGUCAGAACUCAGCCAACUUGUUCAUCUGGACUUGUCUUCCAAUAACUUUGUGGGUCCACUUCCUUCUUUUAAUAUGUCCAAGAAACUCACAUAUUUGUCUCUCUUUCAUAAUAAUUUAAGUGGAGUGUUACCGCCCAAUCAUUUUGAGGGCCUUAAAAAUCUUGUCAGCAUUGAUUUAGGGUUUAACCUUUUCAGUGGAAGUCUCCCCUCAUCUCUCCUUAAACUUCCAUACUUGAGAGAACUUAAACUUCCCUAUAAUCAACUCAGUGGUGUUUUGGAUGACUUUUUAAUUCCCUCCUCUCCAUUAGAGAUGCUUGAUUUAGGCAGAAAUAAUUUUCAAGGGCCUAUUCCAAUGUCUAUCUUCAGCCAUAGAACACUUCGGGUCAUUCAACUUAAUUUGAACAAGUUUAAUGGCACGAUACAGUUGGACAAGAUUCGCAAGCUAGGUAAUUUAACUACACUUUGCCUCUCACAUAACAAUUUGACGAUUGAUAUAAACUAUAAGGAUGAUCUUGACCUCUCACCUUAUCCUGAUAUAAGAAAUCUAAUGUUGGGAUCUUGCAAGUUGGGAGGAAUCCCUAGUUUCUUGAGAAAUCAAUCCACAUUACUACAUCUUAACCUAGCUAACAACGAGAUUCAAGGGACAAUACCAAAUUGGAUUUGGCAACUUCAAUUUCUUGUUCAAUUGAAUCUUUCCAACAAUAAUCUGACAAGUUUGGAAGGAAAUUUUUGGAACGUUAGUUCAAACAUUUUGGUUCUUGAUCUUAGUUCCAACCAACUGCAAGGUGCUUUCAUUCCAUUUCCCAGGUAUGCAAAUUAUUUAGACCUCUCUAGUAAUAGAUUCAACUCUACCAUUCCAUCAGACAUUGGAAACAACCUCCCAUACACAAUUAUUUUGUCUUUAUCAAAAAACAAUUUUCAAGGAGAGAUUCCUGAAUCUAUUUGCAAUGUCUCAAGGCUUCGCCUGCUAGAUGUUUCUAACAAUACCUUUGCUGGGAUGAUUCCCAAGUGCUUUGCAACAUUGAGUAGCACUCUUAGGGUGCUCAAUAUUGGUGGGAACAAACUCCAGGGUUAUAUUCCUGAUCCCAUGCCAACUUCAUGUACUCUAAAGUUAUUGGAUCUAAGUGACAAUCUCUUGGAGGGUACCAUCCCAAAAUCUUUGGUCAAUUGUCAGAAACUACAAGUCCUAAACCUUAGAACAAAUAUGUUAUCUGACAGAUUUCCAUGUUUCUUAAGUAAUAUUUCCACCUUACGAAUCAUGGAUCUAAGGUCAAAUAAGCUCCAUGGUCCCAUUGAAUGUCCAAGAAGCAUUGGUGAUUCCGAAAUGCUUCAUAUUGUCGAUCUAGCCUUCAAUAAUUUCAGUGGUAAAAUACCAGGUGCACUGUUAAAUAGUUGGAAAGCAAUGAUUGGUGACAAAGAUGAAGUUGGGCCAGAAUUUGGCCACUUAUUCCUUGAUCUCUAUGAUCACUACGAUCCAAGGAAUUUUCAGGAAUUAUUGGCAACUUUGGACAAAGUUAUUGUGGCAAUAUUAGCAAAACUUGUUACAAAUGUCUCUCGCUCUAUCCUUGACCAGGGAUCCUCUGAUGCUUAUGCGGUGGAUAUUUCUCGGUAUCAAAAUUCAAUUACCAUCAUAAAUAAAGGUCUACAAAUGCAACUGGUCAAAAUUCAAAGGGCCUUCACUUAUGUGGAUAUGUCAAGCAACUAUUUUGAGGGUCCAAUACCAAAUGAGCUAAUACAGUUCAAGGCACUGAAUGCUUUAAACUUGUCAAAUAAUGCAUUCUUGGGGCAUAUCCCACUAUCUAUAGGAAAUUUGAAGAAUCUUGAAUCUUUAGACUUGUCAAACAAUUCUUUCAUUGGAGAAAUUCCAAUGGGACUUGCUAGUCUAUCUUUCCUUGAAUAUCUAAAUCUCUCUUUCAAUCACCUAGUGGGGAAAAUUCCAGAGGGUACUCAAAUUCAAUCAUUUGGUGCAGAUUCUUUUGAAGGAAAUGAGAAGUUAUGUGGACCCCCACUGAACCAUGAUUGUAGCAAUGGAUUGCCACCAGCAGCUUAUAAAACAUCUCAUUCCCAUGUUGAGAGUUCAAUUGAUUGGAAUUUCUUAAGUGCAGAGUUAGGAUUUAUCUUUGGCUUAGGAAUUUUCAUCCUCCCCCUUAUUUUCUGGAGAAGAUGGAGGUUGUGGUAUUCCAAACAUGUAGAUGAGAUGCUUUACAACAUCAUCCCCCAACUUGAUUUUGUUUACAAACACCGGGAAGGGAAGAGAUAUAGAACUCUAAGUUGGAGCUACUGA